AUGAAUUUUCACCGCUACCUGAAAACCGAUCAGGAGUGGAAGAGCGAUGCGUAUAUGCUGUCAAAUGUAGUAGAGAAACACAAAGCAGAUGAAAUCAAAGUGACAAUGGAACAUUAUACAAAAGGUGAAGUUAGUCCACUCGAGGAAAUUGAAGAACCUUGCUUCAAAUUGCAUGAACAUGCUGUCCACAUGACUGUGAAUUAUGGCAGUAAAAUUCGAAAUCUCAUGGGUUUUGCAUUAAAGAAAAUGCAGGAACCAACAACAAAGCAAAUUGUGUGGACAGGAAGUGGUUCUGCGAUACCAAAGGCAAUAUCUUGUGCUGAAAUCUUGAAACGAAAAAUCAAGGGCCUGUAUCAAAUCAACAAAAUACGAUAUAAAAGAAUUACAGAAACCUGGCUUCCCAAGAUGGAAGAUCUUGACAGGUUGAUUGUUAAUCGUGAUAUUCCAACAAUAUCCAUCUUGUUGUCAAAGGAAAAAUUAGAUCCUGAAGAACCUGGGUACCAGGCACCUGGGAAGUGCAGCAUCCUGUUAAGUCAUGAAAACAAACAAAAAUGCAAAACCAAAGAAUUCUCAAAGACUAGUUCCAGUCAAUCUCGCCAUCCUUAUCAAACUCAGAAGCAGUUUAAGCGGAAAAGACGUCAAAAACCCACCUCGGGAGAAGCAGGCAGUAACAGAUCUAAAGCCGGACCUUCCUCUUAUGAAAAACGUCCCUCAAAUAAACCACAGUCAUCAACCUCUUCUGCUUCUGCUCCUCAGUGA